CUUGCGGGAAUUACGGCUGCCCAAACGCUGGUAAACGCGUCCAUCACAGAUUUUGUCAUUGUUGAAUACAACAAUCGGAUCGGUGGACGAGUCUACAAUCACGCCUUUGGAAAGAAGCCGGGCACGGAUGAAUCCUAUUUCGUAGAGCUCGGUGCGAACUGGGUCCAAGGAACGGAAAGCGAAGCUGAGGAAAACCCUAUUUUGACCAUGGUCAAGAAGUACAACCUGACAAAUACGCUUUCCGACUUCGACAACGUCACAGUCUUCAACGAGACUGGUCAAUUACAGCCCGGAGACUGGACAGAUAAGUUUGACGAGCUGGAUAAAUUGUUCAAGGAUGCCACAAGAAAGUACGAGUACGACGCUGGCGAAAUCAUUCUGAAGAACCAGCAAGACCGCAGUGCCCGUGCCGGUCUCGCAAUUUCAGGCUGGAAGCCGGGCAAUGACCCGCUGGCACAAGCUAUCGAAUGGUCUUCAAUAGAUUUCGAAUAUGCCAAUCCGCCGGAGAAGACGUCUCAACAGUACUCCGUGGUCAACACCAAUACAUCGUUCAAGCGCUGGGCGGAUAAUAACAACCUGGUGCACGAUAACCGGGGGUUCGCCACGUUCUUCAGGGAAGAGGCGAAGCUGUUUCUGAACGAGACUACCCAGCUGAGGCUUGGGACUAUCGUCGAAAACAUCACCUACUCCGAUGACAGUGUCACAGUACACAAUGAGGACGGCAGCUGCAUCGUCGCCGACUAUGCCAUCUGUACUUUCUCGCUGGGUGUCUUGCAGAAGGAGGUGGUCAACUUCUCACCGGAGCUGCCGCUCUGGAAACGCACGGCCAUUCAGUCAAUGACAAUGGGCACCUACACGAAGAUCUUUAUGCAAUUCAAGCCUGAAGAUGUCUUUUGGGACAAGAGUACUCAAUUCUUCCUCUACGCAGAUCCGGUGCAGCGAGGCUACUAUCCCUACUUCCAGUCACUAGAUCACAAAGACUUCGUGGAUGGCUCCGGUAUCGUCUUCGUCACCGUCGUCGACCAACAAUCUUACGCCGUGGAGGCGCAGGACUUUGACACCACUAAGAAACAAAUCAUGGAAGUUCUGGAGGACAUGUUCCAAAGGAAGAUUCCUGAUCCCAUCGACUUCUAUCAUCACAACUGGACUCGCGAGCCUUGGGCAUACGGGUCAUACUCGAACUGGCCCCCGGCCCUGACGUUGGAGAUGCAUCAAAACAUUCGCGCAAACCUCGGGAACUUGUGGUUUGCUGGAGAGGCCACUCACCCGCAAUAUUUUGGGUUCUUGCAGGGCGCAUACUACGAGGGAAAGAAUGCAGGUGAAGCUGUUGCCGGGUGCAUCAAGAACAAGGAUAACUGUGUCAAUCUGAGAGCAGUGGCAUACGAUAUGUUGAAUGGAACGACUACCAUUGACAAAUAUUCAAGGGUCAAUGGAUGGACUGCCCAAACCUUU